UCGUACGCGAAUUAUUCGAAUGGAUAUGGAUAAGCUCAGCUACGAGAUCUUCACCAUCCUCGAGAGCAAGUUCCUUUUCGGCGCCGAUGCUGUGUUCCACGGACGCGCCUGCCGCGGGCUCAAUGGCAUCCCACACGUCUUGAGCCUUCAUGUGGAUCAAGCGAUCGCCAUGGCGUUCAGGCAGAGGAAUUGCGCGAGCAGUUAUGUUCGAGUGCAGGCAAGUGGGGUUUUUGUUAGAAAGGAGGGCUCGAAGCUAGCGGCCGCAGAGGAGAUCCUCUCUCAACGCAACGUCGAGUCCGUCCUCUUCAGGGGCAAGAAGGUUUCGGAGCUGAGCAACGCCGAGAAGCUCGACGGGUUCGCAGAGGAGCUGGGCUAA